AUGGCACCCCCCCGUAGCAUCGAGGACCGAAUACCUUCUAUCCUAGGAUGGCUUUCGGAGAGCAAUAGCUUCAAAACGCUUCACAAAGUGCUUAUGGACAAUCUCGGCAAAAACGAAAUGACGAUUGGGCUUAUCCGAGGUGCUGAGUCUGCUAACGUCGAUGGGGGAUUGAUCGUCGAUCCACCUGACGGUUUCCCAUUCACGGACCUCACCGCUGCACUUGAGUGGCUACGACAACAUCAAAGCCUCCCCCUAUCGGCGCCGCUGGAGAUCUACAGACUCGAUUCCAAAUUCGGUUCUAGUCCCCCAAAGCCCGGGCAGUCCGGCGCAGACCGAAUGCCACAAGGACGGUCUCGUCUGCUCUCCGACAAUGAGCUCGUCUUCAGCGAUGUGUUAGCGCCAUACGCAGUACAUGUAAGUAACCUGUACGAGGCUCUUACGCGUAUUGUUGGUGCUGCGCGCCAGAAGAUCGCGUAUGUCAACCCCUCCAAUGGAGUCGAAUUCCAUGGCUGGAUGGUACCAGAUCCAGACAAGACAGCCAACGGCGUACUCAAAAUCACUUCCCGGAAGUACCACUUGUCUGAUCAAUCCAUCGAACGUCUCCGAGACUUCAUGAAGAACGUUCCUGGCCUGAAACUAAUGUCCAAUCCGAUUGCCCCACUGGUAUGCGAUCUCUACUUAUACGACGAGCAAGAAGACGUUUCUUACAACGUAGAGCACAAGGCUUACGGGGAAGAAAAUCCCCACAUCCCGCUUAAACCCCUGGACUCCGAUUUCGACCUAAAGUUGAACUGGCACUUCCUCUUGGUCCAAAAGGGAGAAAGCCUUGCUAUUCAUACCAGGUCUGGCGGUGACUCGGCGGACACGACGGCUCGUCUCAUCAGCAUGGUAGAGGAUGGAAGCUGCACAGACUUUGCUAGCAUAAUCAGGGAAAAUGGACCACAUGCCAAGGCGAGACUUCGCGAAAAGUGGAAGGAGGCCGACCUGUACGACGACACUGUCGACUUUGGACCCAUAGCGAAGGGUGAAAACAGCGAAGGAGGAACUCCAGGUUCGCACCACUCUGCUAUUGAAGUAGCUCUUAUGGGUCUUGCAUUUCGGGUUCAUAUCAACGAGCAGUGUUACAAAUUACGCAAGCAUGCAUGCAUACUCUUGCACAACCAUCCCGCUGCUGAUGCAGUCAUGGUCGAACACGAAUGGACCACCACAGAUCAGGAGCUAUACGAGGCUAGCGGCCUACUUCCCGUGUCACUAGUUGCGGGCGCAGCGGGUGCGAAGAGAUGCAUCCUACUCAAAUUCAUUCCGCACCACAGACCUGAGGCGGUCAAGUCGACUUCCGAGCUCUUCGAGCUAGCAGCCAACACAGGCUGGACGUUUCCUGUCUGUACCGCUCAAGACUUCGUAUUCGUCGCGAUGACGGGGGGGUUUGCUAUGCCUGAUCAGGUCCCCUGCUUAGACAACAUCGCUCUUCUGCCUUCCUCUUUGACGACUAUCCUCCCACAGUCAAGAGCCUGCGUAACAUGCGAGGACAAAUCUCGUGUCAGGGAAUGGAAUUGGGUCCGAACCACUAUCGGGGGCUGCGAGCUCUCAAGGCCUAGCCGGGGAAAGCUUUUUUCCUUCCCUGCAUCGCCGUACAUCAAGUCUGAAGCCAAGCCUCUGAACAAGCUUUAUACUCUCAACGAUGGCUCCGUGCAUGAGUUCUUUCAUAAAGUCUUCAAUGCGAAUGACACGGAACUUACCACGAGUAUACAUGGCUCUUCUGGUCUGCUUCAGCGACAAUGGAACCAUGGGGAUAUGAAGCUCCACGAUGACAAUAAGGCUCACACAGCAUUUCGCCUGAUUCAGCGUGUCCUCGUGGGUAUGAGCUUGUCACGCACCCAGCAAAACCAACCUUUCGUCACCAAUUAUAACCAGGACUUCAGCAAGGUUUUCCUUCGACUCAAAGAGGAGAAGAACUGGUCUAAUCAAAUCAUCAAAUCGUCUACGAUGGCGGAGAUGGUCAAGGUGAAAGACCGCGGAAUCAAACUCCAAGAACUCGUCGAAAACUCGGGCUUGGCCACUGGAACUGUCAAAGUUUCCUGCGACGAGUGCCUUGGGGAAGACACAUGCACAUUCCUUCACCCGGAGAUCGUACGCGGAUUACUGUUGUGGAAAGUGCUAUGA